AUUAGAAUGGCUUUUCGCUCAUUUGCCAAUAAAGGGUAAGAAUCUUUAACUUGUGGGUAGUAUUUCAAGAAGGUGCAUCUGUUGGUAUAAUGUGGCUGCUCUCUGACAUCAUGUUCAUACAAAAUCAUUUUGUGAGUGCUCAUCCACAUUGUAUUCUGAUUUAUCUGUUGAGACUCACCAAAUGCAAAAUAAAAAAAUUAAAUUGUCAUUUCUCUUGUGAUUUUAAUUGUAGAAAUAUCAACUUCUUCAGAACAUUUUGCAUUAGAUCGACACAAGUAUGUGAUCCUGUCCCGAUCGACAUAGAGAAAGGGCAAAAAGAGAGAAGGGCACCAUACCUCUGUGCGAAGGUUACACUGCUCAUACUUCUCAUUAUCAGAUUCGUCCAUUACAUGGACACAUAUCUAGCUGAAGGUGUUAUGCCGUUGAUUGAAGCAGAAUAUGAACUCUCCAUUGACAAAGUUGCGAGAGUAGAAACAUGUUUUGCUAUUGUUUUUGCCUUGGUCAAUCCAUUCUUUGGACAUCUAUCAGAUCAGAUCAGCCGGAGGACCCUCAUGUGUCUGGGAGUAACGUAUUGGACUCUGUUUGUUGCGAGCUGUUCCGUAAUUCCCCAGGAGUGGGGUUGGACCAUCCCUUUUAUACGGAGUGCCGUGGCCGCAAUAGAAAGUUAUUUUGCAGGCAUUUCCCUGACCCUGAUUGAUGACCUGUGCCCACCUGAAAAUCGACGAGGGACUUUAUGCAUAUUUAACAGUUUCAGCUAUAUAAUGGGGUAAGCUGCAAGUUGUACCUGGAUUCCUGCUACAUUCCUGUUGGUUUGUGUGUGGAUUCUGUUAUAUUAACCCUGAAUCUCCUUGGUUCUGUUACAGUGCCUUUGGGAUCGUUGUGGGAGCAAUAGUGCCAGUCUACUUAGGCUCAAACUGGCGUCUUGCACUGCAGGUAAGGAAAAUUCAACCGGUUACCAUUAAUUAUAUUGGGGUGAUGGGAAGAUACAAUUGAAUAUUGGCUAAACAUUAAAAGACAUAUAAAACAGUGGUUGUUGUGAGAUAUUAGCCUUUUAUUAUCAGUUUAGUUGAUUGGAUACUCUACAUGAAAAGAGAUACAUGGCUGGGUACUUAACUGCUGUUUUCUUUGGACACAGACAGUUGCAGUCUUGGGAUUAGUGUGCCUAGUGUUGCUAAUCUGUUUCAUGAAGGAACCACCUAGAUGCUACACUGAGGACCACAGUGAUGACCCUCAGAUGCAGAUCCUCAGUUUCCAAUAUAUUUGGAAGUUGACCUCUUCCUUCUUCAAAAAUCUGAGGAUGCUAUUUAAAAUGUGAGUAUUAUUUAUGAUAAAUAACAAUCAAAUGGAAAAUUGCAGAAGAUGUAUAUAUUACUAAUCCCUCUCCUCCACUUUCAGACGGAGCUUUGUUUUUCUCACCUUCGCUUCAUGGUCCGUGACGUUCAUUAAUGAAGCCAUGUUUGCCCUUGUUCCUGAUUUCCUGAACCAAACCAGGGCCGUGGCAAGCAGUUUGUUUCCCUGUCUGUUGCCAGAUUGUUACUACAGCGACUUCAUGAUCUAUGGUUUGAUUAAAUACAUGGCUGACAUAGUGGGGAUACAAAUAGGAAUGGUGAUCAUCACUCGGUGGUUCAAGAUGUAUCCAUUCGCUGAUCGACUGGUAUCCGGUUUAGGACUUUUGGCCUCUGGAUCUUUCAUAUGCAUCUUCUUUUUCAGUGUAGAAAUCAGCUUUACCCUUGCCUAUGGGUUCAUCUUUGUAGGUGGCGUUCUACUGAAUAUAAACCAGGCUGUAGCUACUGACAUGAUACUGUCGGUAGUAAUGCCAAAUUCCCGUGGCACAGCAAUAGCCUUGCAGUCUUUUAUAGCACAGUUAGGAGGAGGGGUAUUUGCCCCAUUUAUCAUUGAGAAGAUUUCUGAGGUGAUCCAGAUGUGGCAACCAGAAACCAGCCCAAUGCACUGCUUGCAACAUGCCUUGAUAAUAUUGCCAGUUCUGGCAGUGAUUGGAGGAUGCUUCUUCCUCUGUACAAUCUUUUAUGAAGAGGAUCGGAAAGUAGUUGAACAGGCCCGCACCCCAAGCCCACCACCUGAAUUGAACCUACAGGACAUACUGGUGUAUGACUCUGAAGAUCCUGGAUAUGCUGUUCAGCCUUCUCUAGAAUUGGCUCCUGAGUCUCCAGAUCCUGCUGCAGAACUACCUGCUCAGCCCCCAGAUCUUGAUACAUGCAGGUUCUGCUGCUUUCCCUUUCUAGGACUGGCUCCUAAGCUUUCAGAUCCUUCUCCAGAGAUACCUGCUCAGCCUCCAGAUCCUUCUCUAGGACUGGCUCCCGAGCCUCCAGAUCCUGCUCCAGAACUACCUGCUCAGCUUCCAGAUCCUUCUGUAGGACUGGCUCCCGAGCCUCCAGAUCCUGCUACAGAACUACCUGCUGAGCCUCCAGAUCCUGAUACAUGCAGGUCCUGCUGCUUUCGCUUUCCCUUUCCUAGGACUGGCUCCUGA